GUUAUUAAGCACGUCAUGAUUAAAGACUUUGAUAUGUUCGUUGACAGAGGAGUCGAAUUCAGUAAAGAAGGACUAGGACUUAACCUUUUCCAUGCUGACGGCGAUACAUGGAAAGUCCUGAGGAACAGAUUUACACCAGUUUUUACUUCUGGUAAACUGAAGAACAUGUUGUAUCUCAUGACUGAACGAGGUGAUCACUUUCUUAACUAUGUCGAAAAUCUUCGUGUAAAGCAAAUGGAACAGCCUAUACAUGUCCUCGUUCAGAAGUUUACAAUGGCUACUAUCUCAGCAUGCGCCUUUGGUUUGGACUUAGAUGAAGAUAUGUAUGAAACAUUGAACAAAAUAGACAAAAUGAUCUUUACUGCAAACUACAGCAUCGAGUUAGAUAUGAUGUAUCCUGGUAUAUUGAAAAAGUUUAAUGGUUCACUAUUUCCCAAGUUCGUAAACACUUUCUUCGAUAACCUCGCACAAAAUGUGGUCAAACAAAGAGGUGGAAUGCCGACAAACAGAAAGGACUUUAUGGAUUUAAUUUUGGCGUUGAGACAACAAAAAACAAUUGAAGGAACGAAGAAAAUAGAUGAUGAAAAGUCGAGGAUAGUUGAACUGACUGAUAGCGUCAUUGCUGCCCAGGCUUUUGUGUUCUACGCGGCUGGCUAUGAGACCAGCGCCUCAACUAUGACGUACAUGUUCUAUGAACUGGCCAAGCAUCCUGAGAUACAAGAUAAAGCGAUUGCAGAAAUUGACGAAGUUCUUAAACGACAUAACGGUGAAAUGAGCUAUGAAUGCUUAAAUGAUAUGACUUAUUUGCAGCAAGUGUUUGAUGAAACAUUACGGAAA